AUGGUAUCCCGUGUUCUCAAGGCACUCACAGCCAAAGACUCGAAUGAUGAGGCCCAAUCUUGGGAUAAACAAACGGCACUCAUAGUACUUGGUAACUACUUUAGUCCCGACAAAAAGACAGCUGGAGGUCCUACCCAGCAGGAAAUCGUUGUCGAUGUGUUGACGAACAUGGUUUACCCCCCUGGCAAGACUCCCGGGACUGGUUCCGCUCUGUUUAUAGCUAUGACGAUUGGCAAUGGUCUCGAUGAAGAGAGCUGCUCCGCUAAAGAUGCUGAUGGGAAGCCGAGCAGUGUUGCGGCGUACACGGUUUCUGGAGGAAACUGUGGCACAUCAAUCUACUUCUGCGACAAUGAUAGGGUCAAUCCGUUCAAGUAUCCGGAUCUUUCUGGACUACCGACGGAUGCGGCCCAGUGCAAAAAGACCUUCAAGGAUGGCAAGGUGUCCUAUAAAAUGGCGCCAUUGGCUUAUAUCCUGAUUCAUGAGCUGACCCACACUCUCGAGGUCAGCGAACUUCCAUUCAAGAAAGCCAAGGUUACGGACAAGCUGCAGGCCACGGAUGAUCCUGCGUAUGGGCCCCAGAAAGUAAGAGCACUCAGGGAUAAGCCAGAGAAUGGGAGGUACGCUGCUACCAAGGACGUUCUGCUGGGUCCAAUUGAAAAUGCAGACAGUUACGCGUGGUUUGUUGUUGAGGCCUACUUUUCUUUGCUCUGCCACGAGAGAUUUGGUGCACCUACCUCGAACCAGAUGGCUCCCGAUGGAGUUUGCGCGAACGGGCCCGACAAGUGCACCCUCAUGUAA